AUGUCGAAAAGCGAGCUCGCUUGUGUAUACGCAGCCCUAAUGCUAGCUGAUGACGACAUAGAUGUCACAGCUGAUAAAAUCAAUACUAUACUAAAGGCAGCCAAUAUCAAGUUUGUGGAGCCGUAUCUUCCUAACCUUUUCGCAACUGCUUUGAGUGGAAAGAACAUCAAGGAUCUGCUGAUGUCUAUGGGUUCGGCGGCGCCUCCAGCAGCUACCGCACCAACUGCAGCCCCAACUGCAUCUGGGGCUCCUGAGAAGGCGAAGGAACCUGUUAAAGAAGAAAAGCCAGUAUCAGAUGACGAUUCGGACGGGUCGAUGGGCUUCGAUUUGUUCGGUUAA